AUGUCGGAGCAAGCAAGAACUAAGAUAGAAAUCCAGAAUAAUGUCGUCAUUCGCAUUCAUUAUGAGCAAAUGCAACAGCCAUGUGAUCUUGCUACAAUUCUAGAAGAAGGGCUUUUUGUAGAUGCUUCAUCAGAGGAUGAGUACAUGAACCAGGAGACAUUGACACAAAGAUUGCUAACCCAACUAGAUAAAUUGCAAGGAACAAAUUGCAGUCAACAAGUACCCUGCUCAAUUGACAACAAUAAAUAUGGCUUAUCAAACAAAGACAUGUCUCACCCUACUUUUCUUCAGGAGGCAGUUUUUAUGCCUAAUGAGUUUCCGUCAUUUGGUGCAUUCACUGAUAUGAACGUGUUGCCUAACUACUGUGCUUAUGGUGGGUCAAGCAAUCUAAACACUAGCUUCCAAUCACCGAAUUCCCUUUUUCAGCUACAACAUGCAAAUGAUGCUAUGCUAUCUGAGAUGGAUCUGAUACAAUAUGGAGAUUGUUUGGGGUCUAACCAGAAAAAUGAAUCUAUGGCUUUCUUCACUACAAUGGGAAAUUCACAACAGAGUGAAUCUUUGAAUUUGUUGAUGCCUCAAAAUGUCUCAAGGGAAAUUUCUGAUGUCCCUAAUCUAUCUCCUAACAUGAACUCUAAUUGGCAAAGUUCAAGUGUUGGGAAUUUGUGGCAAGAUCAAACUAAGUGGGAUUUUCUAUCGGAUUUCAAACAUUUAGAGCAGCCAUAUGAUCAUUGCAGUAAUGCUUCUAUGGUCAAGACAGGAUCAUGCUUUGUGGAUCAAGGUGCAAAUUGUUAUCCACUGUUAGGACUGUUGAAGCAAACUCAUCUUCCUACAAAAAAUCACUAUGGGGAGAAACAAUUAUUGUGUGCCAACAGUAAUCUCAAGUCUAAUAAAAGAGAUACUUAUGACUCUUCUGGUGAAUUUGAAGGCAUGCUACCAUCGAAGAAAAGAGUUAAAACGGAUCCUGCAUUUGGUGUCUCUUCAAUCAAUAAUUUUACUUAUAACUUACCUGCUCCUGAGAUGGUUCAACCUUGCAUUCUGGAAGAAACUCCAGUAUUGAACAAACAGCCACUCUCUCCCCUCGAUGAAAUUUUGCAGCUUUAUUAUGAUACUUUUUCACAGCCAACACAAGAUUCCACUAGCAUUAGUGAGGUAAAGAACAAGGUGAUUGAUGAAACAUUUGGAGACACUUUCAAAAGUGAAAUUGUUAUGGCUGAAAACAUUGAUGCUGGUCAAAUAUCAAAGGAGACACACCCAAAAAGCCAUCAUGUUACAGCCAACAACAAAUCAAAGCAAGAUGUUAAAAUAUUGAACUCCAAUGCGCAUACUCUUUGCAAUGAUCCUAGUUCUCUAUCUGAUAUAGAGGAUGUGAUGGGAAAAAAUGAGUCCAAGAAUGAAAAAAUUCUAUGUGAAGGACAUAAAGGUACUCAUGUAUCGCCUGAGAUGGUUCAACCUUGCACUCUGGAAGGAAUUUCAGUAUUGAACAAACAACCACAGUCUCCCCUCUCUGAAUUUAUACAGCUUCAUAUGGAACAAUUUCCACAUCCAACACAAGAUUCCACUAGCAUUAGUGAGGUAAAGAACAUGGUGAUUGAUGAAACAUUUGGAGACACUUUCAAGAGUGAAAUUGUUAUGGCUGAAAACAUUGAUGCUGGUCAAAUAUCAAAGGAGUCACACCCCAAAAGUCAUCAUGUUAUAGCCAACAAGAAAUCAAAGGAAGAUGUUAAAAUAUUGAACUCCAGUAUGCAUACUCUUUGCAAUGAUCCUAGUUCUCUAUCUGAUAUAAAGGAUGUGAUGGGAAAAAAUGAGUUCAAGAAUGAAAUUUUUCUAUGUGAAGGACAUAAAGGUACUCAUGUAUCGGAGGAGCCACACUCCAAAAGCCAUCAAGUGAUCACCAUCAGUAACAACUCCAGUGCUCAUACUCCGCGCAAUGAUUAUGGUGCUAUCGCGAAGAUUAGAAUUGAGAUUGAGAAAAUGGUCACAAAUGAAGUUGAAGAGCAAGAAGAUGAACCAGAGAAGGAAACAAACUCGUCUAAUUCAACAGUUUGUGGGGUUUCCUUAACUGAUUUUCUGAUGUGUGAUCAAAUAAGAGAACACAUUAUGAGUUUUGGGCAACAUUUUGGUCAGGAAGAAAUUUCUGACAACACAUGUCAAUUAUGUGGAAUGGAUGAACUGUCAUUUGCACCACUACCAAUCUAUUUCCUAACUUGUGGUGUCUGCAUAAAGAGAAAUGCAAACUACUACUACUGUAAAACUGCAGAAGAAUUUGAUAUAGACAAUUGCUUUUGCACCACUUGCUAUAAAAAAUCUAGACGUAAGACAAUCGCAUUCAAAGGGACAUCUAUUUCCAAGACAUUCUUUGAUAGAAAGACAAAUUAUGAAAUAAUGAACGAACCAUGGGUUCAAUGCGAUAAAUGCAAAAGAUGGAAACAUCAAAUAUGUGCACUCUAUAACACUACUACAGAUAUGGAAGGAAAUUCUGAGUAUAUGUGCCCCAUGUGUUGCUUAAAUGAAACUGAGAAUGGAAUGCGUGAACCUUUGAGAAAGACUAAUAUUUUUGGUGCUAAGGACUUGCCAAGGACCAUGCUCAGUGAACAUAUAGAACAAAGACUUUUAAAGCGCCUUGAGCAAGAGAGAGCUGACAUGGAAAAAUUUGAAGGGAAAAAUCUUGAUGAGGUUUUAGUAGCAGAAAAUUUGUGUGUUAGAGUGGUGUCAUCCUCUAACAAACAAUUGAAAGUGGAGAAGCAGUUUCUGGACAUCUUUUCUACGGGGAACGACCCUACUGAGUUCAAUUAUGUAACAAAAGCUAUUUUUUUGUUUCAAAAGAUUGAAGGAGUAGACGUUUGCCUUUUUAGCAUGUAUGUCCAGGAGUUUGGCUCAGACUUUAGACAUCAAAAUCAGCGUUGUGUAUAUAUUUCAUAUCUUGAUUCUGUGAAGUAUUUGAGGCCCCAAAGACAGGCUGCGACUAGAGAAGCUCUUCGUACCUUUAUUUACCAUGAGAUAUUGAUUGGAUACCUUGAUUAUUGCAAGAAACGAGGUUUUGCAACUUGCUACAUAUGGUCUUGUCCGCCUACGAAGGGGGAUGAUUAUAUACUAUAUUGCCACCCUAUAACUCAAAAGACUCCAAAGAAUGAUCAUCUACGACACUGGUAUAAUUCAAUGCUGAGAAAGGCUUCAGAAGAAAAUAUCGCAAUUGGUUUGACUAAUAUGUAUGAUGAAUUCUUUGAUACAAGUGGGAAAUGUGACUCCAAGUCCAAGGUAACAGCUACUUGUUUGCCAUACUUUUAUGAAGACUACUGGUCUGGAGCUGCUAUCAAUAUAGUCAAAAAAAUUGAAGAGACCGGAGGAAAAAAUGAUGUAAGAAAGGUAAAGAAAGGAGUGAAGAAAAGAACUUCCGAACUUACAAAUCCUCCAAAACGCUCCAGAGACGUUCAAGUGAUGCAAGAGUUGGGCAAAAAAAUAUCACCUCACAAGGAAGAUUUCAUUAUCGUCCAGUUGCAGUAUGCAUGCAUCAAUUGCAAUGAAGUGAUAGUGUCCGGAAAGUGUUGGUUCUGCAGGGAGUGCAAGAUAUUCCAGGAGUGUGAAAGAUGUCAUUCUGCUGACAUACACAUUUCUAGUAGUGGGGAGAAGCAUACACUCUGUCAGGUUCUUGUGAAUGAUAUCCCUCUCCAUACUAAGGAGAAUGAUAUCAUUCUUGAUAAUGGAUUACUUGACACUAGGGAUAAAUUCUUGAGCUUCUGCCAGAGGAAUCAUUUUCAGUUUGAUACACUCCGCCAUGCUAAGCAUUCCUCAAUUAUGAUCCUUCAUCAUCUUAAGAAUACUACUGUGCUGACAGUCAGAAAAACAUGUAGUAUUUGUUGUAAAGACAAUGAGUUCCAAAUGAGUUGGCAAUGUAAGAUAUGUUCAUUCACCAUCUGCUCAGCCUGCUAUAAGGAUAGAGGUGCAUCUUUUCAUGAGCACAAGUUGAAUCAAUGUUCUUCAAGGGAACUUUGCCGGCCAGAAUUAAGAGUUGAAGCAGAAAUUUGAAGUGGUAUGAACUUGGAAUGGAUUCUCUGGCUUUAUAAAUGACAUCUAUAAUACAAAUGAUUGUGAUGUUUUUGCUUCGUAUAUAUUUUUCUCCUGAUAGUUAUGUUAAGCUUGAAAGGUGUUAUUUUGUGCAUUGUAAUGUGCAGUAUAUAUCCCUUUUCCCAACAAUUGAUUGCAUAGGUAGUCUCAUCUUUUCUUUAUUAUGUUCUUACUUCAGGUUUUGAUGUUCAUGCCAGAUUGUCUGGCUAUCUUCCUGUAGUAAGUUUGUGUAAUUUUAUCGUGUUAGA